UGCUUUUUUACAUACUAUUUAGUACAGAAGUAUUCGGGAAGCCAAUGUUUGGGCCCAGAAAGUAGUUGUGUAAAGGUGCAGUGCUUGAUAGCUGUUAGUUUUACAGCAAAUUUACUUGAAAGAGAGAAGCUAGUUAGCUACGACAGGUAGUUAAUAUUAAUUAGCAACACAUCAUAUUUUAGUCAUAUUUUAGAAAGGUCAACGAGGAGCGUAAUAAAAAGUAGUCCAGUUAGCCAGCUAAUGUUUAGCUAUGUCGGUGUAGCUCUGGAGAUGACUAGCAAGCUCGGUUCUUGCUAGUUAGAAGUGCUAAGUGUGUGAAAUAGCUUCUCACAGCGUGUAACGUUAUGCCUCGGAGAAAACGAAGCACAGGUCAGAAUGAAAAACGCAGAAAAGUUCUUCACAGAGAGAAUAAUAACGACGAGGAGGAAGAAGAGGACAACACUCUGGUCAUCUCUGACUCAGAAAGUGAUGAAGAGAAAAAAGUCUGUGGCAGGAAAGUGACUCCAAGAACAGCACGACGCCUAGAGAGAGAAAAGAAGGCACAUAUGCAAGACAUGACUGAGGAUGAGAUGCUGGAUCUGGCUCUGAGACUCAGUAAACAAGAGGCAAACAGUGCUACCCAGAGAGAACAAGUGGAAGACGACAACAUGAGAAAAGCCAUUGCAGAAAGUCUUCAGGUCAGCUGCGAUCAAGCUUCAGAAACGAGCUCCAAGCGAGCCAGGUCCGCGGCAAAGCCUCACCAAGACCGAGACACUGUGACAGCGCACGUUCGGUGCAAGCUCUCCUUUCCUAGCAAGGAUGGGAAAGACGGUGGGAGCGACGAUGAAGUUCCAGCCGCACAGACGAGCGCUUUAAAACAUUCUGGGGAGGUCAGUCCACUACCACCGAUGCCUGAUCUGUCUCAGAGAACCUUGUCACAGCCUUCACCUCCAAGUCCGGCCCUUCCCUCUGUGCCUUCUGCAGCUUCUCAAGAAUCCCACUCUUCACUUCUGGCUAAACAGGAAUUUAAUGCACACUCUUCUGAGGACGAACCCUCACAGAGCAUCUCUCUGCUCGAGAGGUCACCUGUCUUCCUCCGUCAGUGCAGCGUGAGACUGAACCAGAACCUGCUGAGCACCGGUGGAUCCUCAAGGAGCAUCCCAUGUACAAACAGCAGCUCUCUCAGCUUAACCAGUUCUGACCGGUCCCAGAACAGCCCACCUCUUCCCAAAAGCCCUGUUUUUCCUAAGACUGACUCUAAAAGAUGCACUAAUGUAACACGGGAUAAACUUAGCGAUUGCACUUCCCGCAGCAGCUUUACAGACAGCGUAUGCAAACCUGAAGCCACAUUUCAAGAGUCUUCAAGCCAUAAAAGCCGAGAUUCCCCAAAACACCUUCCACAGAGCAGGAACGCUCAGCCAUCAUCGCAUGUUUCAGUGCCUGAAAAGGACAAGCAGGAAGCUGUCAAGCUGCAACAAGUAAAGGAUGGAUCCUCUCAAGGACCUGUGUCAGACAGAGCACCAAACAUGGAUGUGUCUUCGCCUGCAGACGCCAGACCUUUGGAUGAGUUCACCAGUCACAUGGUCCUUCAUUUGUCAGAUGAUGAUGAUGACGAUGAUGAGGAAGAAAACGAAAAGAUUAUUCCUCCAAGCCCAGUCUUCCCUCAGGACCGUGCGUCAUGCGCCGGCCAGCCAAAGCUCUCGCCAACGCAACCCUGCUGCUCUCCAUCUACAGCCAUCGCCACACAAGACUCACUUCAGACCAAAUCCCCUUCCCAAGCUGACUCUGACCAGCCAAAAGUUUCUAGAAAGUCUGCUGAUGCUAGACCCACACCACCAGUGGAAGGGAAAGGGGAAGGUUUUGUAUCAUACUACUGGGGUGUUCCGUUCUGCCCCAAGGGGCAAAGCCCGGAUGAUUACACGCGAGUCAUCCUCACCCAGCUGGAGGUGUACGAGAAGAGCCUGAAAGAGGCCCAGCGACAGCUACUGCACAAAGCUGACUGGGGUCUUCCAGUGUUCCCCUGCCCGGUAGAAAGACCACAUGGCAGGAGACUGAAGCGCCACCGAGCCCCUCAGCUUCUGGAGGAGGAAGAGGACGAGGAAGACGAGGGGCGAAACAAGGAAGAAAAAGCGAAAAAGAAAAAAGUGGAGUGGAAGGAGAGAGAAGAGUCUCAAGCUUGUUCGGAAGAAGGAGCGGAGAAUGGUCAGCAGGAAACGUACGUCGUCGUGUCCUCUCCUGAGACACAGGAGGAGCUUGGGCGGAAAUCACCUUUACUGUUUGGGCAGCAGGAGUCUACAAGUUCAGCAAAACCUUCCAGUUGUAGGAAGCCUAUUUCUCAGGACCUUUCUGAAGACACGAGGAUACAGUCUGAGCCUGAUGAGCGUGGCGAAGUUCAGAACGGAAGUUUUGAUUUGGAGAGCGCUGUGUGUCCAGAAACCCAGAUGACUGAAGACAACACACCAGAGCUGAUGGUGACCAGUCCUGCACAGUCGCAGUUGCAAGCAGAGACUGAUGUCAUGGAGGUGGAUGAAGUGAUGGAGCCACCAGCUGAAGCUGAGGAGAGGAUGGAGCAGGAGCGUCCAGGUGAGGAGCAGUCGUGGAGGGAGUCUGUUCCCUCUCAGGUAGAGUGUCCCAUGUGCACUCGCCUUUUCCCUCUCAGUAAGAUCGAGAUGCAUGCGGCCUACUGUAACGGCACUGUGGAGGACCAGGACCUGGACCAGCAGGACAACCUUUCACUAGGGAGUGCUCGAAGGAAGAGCGGGAGAAGAACUGCGAUGGAAGACGAUGUGAGGUUUGAGAAAUCAGAGAAAUGCUUCUUGUGUAAUAAGUUUUUCACAAGCAAGGAGUACAGCCAUCAUGUGGACCAGUGCCUUCAACAGAAAACACUCGGACCAAAGCAGGGAAAUGGCUUGCUGUCCGCCUUGAAUCGGACAGAAACGGUGCAUCUAGAUGACAGUGGAGCUGGACCAUCUAAUACUACAAUCAAAAACAGUCGCAGCCUUGCAGACGCGUCCGUGAUGUCUGGUGAUUCUCAAGCUGCAGGUUAUUACGUCAGCUCAUCUCCUAUCAAAUCCUUCACUCCCGAAAUCACGGACUGUCUCAUAAACUUCCGCCAGCAGUACUCGGACAGGACCAGCCAGAGACUCGGGAGGAAGAGGAAAUUUAAGAGAUAGCAUGAAAGUACGGUCCAAAGCAUCAAUUAUUGCUUUUCUUUUAUACCAAGGCUAAUUUGUGUGCCAUUUUUAUAUCAUUUCUAUGUUGUAAUUAAUAUCAUUAAAUGAUUUGGUAAUGUUAUUUAAGGUGCCUUGUUAUUUUGAAUUUUGUAGAUAUACUAUGUAAUGUUCUAUGAGACAAAAAAAGAGAAAGCGUUGAUGAAACACUUUUAUAACUCAUAAUAUAAAAUCGUUAUAAACUGAUGUUGCUUGUUUAAUCUUACCUUUACUUUUUGAUUUGAGAUAGAACUGAACUUUCAUUAUAUUCAGAGGAAGCUCGAGUAUGCUACUGUUUUCUUAACAGAAUGAUCUUUUUUAUAUUGAAAAUGUACAUUUCUGUCAAAUUGGUUAUUAAAACUUGAGUAAUCUUUAGUAAUAGGAGAUCAUUGGAGAAAGGUUGAUGGUAAACGCAGAGGUGGAAGAAAAAUCUCUUUCUAUUCACUGCAUUUUUAAACAUUAGUCAUUAGGCGACAUUUCACCAUCAGAAAGCUGAUUUAAACAUUUAGCACCAGAGAGCGGAAUUGAUCUAAAUUACUAACAAAUCUAUGAGACCUAAUAUCCAUGACUAAUCUGCUUCUAAGUACACUUUGUCACGGCAGUUUGUAUUGAGACAGCUAGCUAUUAGCAUUCAACUAUGGUCAGAGUUAUUAUCGUGCUAGCUAACAUUUGAAAGAUUAAUACUGAAGCGGUUGUUUUAAUCUUAGUUAAUGUUUUCAGAGGUUCUUGGUGAAAAGGCUACUAAUUUAGCAUCAGUAACUAAAAUCAGUGUUAUUUAAGGUAGAUGUCUUUUCCUUCUGUGAGUCCUUCUUGUACUUUUAUGUUCUUACUUUAAGACGUUAAUAUUUUUGGACUUUAACUGAAAUGAGUUGAAUAAGGUGAAGCUGUGCUUCUUUUGACAGAGUAUUUAUUCUGAUGAGUAAUUGCACUUUUACUUGAGUAAAGAAUUUCAGUACGUUUACCACCUUUGGUAAAAGGUUUAAUGUUGGUAAGCAAGCAUAAAAUCUUACUUUAGAUAAUAUUGGAUAGCUUAUUUUGAUGAUUCUGAGAGAACUCCAUGUGCUAUUCACACAUGAGAAUAUAUUGAAAUUUGAGAAUACUUACUGAGGAUUAUCAAUAGAUAGAAAGCUACGGGUAGAGCAGACACUUUUUUUAAUGAACGUAGGCCAAUAUAUUAUCUGUGCACAGUCUUAAAGAAGUGCAGGCAAAGGUCAGUAAUCUUUGCAAGUCAAGGAAAGAUACGCCUUUAGAAGCCACACAUAAUUGUAUAAUAGUCUUUGGGAAAUUACUUCAUCCUUAAAGUUUGUCCAUUAACAUACUUGUGAUUACAGGUUUUGAAGGAGUAUUGAAACUUUUGUCACUAAACUUUGAUCAGACUCUACUAAGCAAACUUUCAGAUCCAUAUAAAUACGUGCUACAGAUGCAAAUUGGAGAAAAAAAAACAAAAAAAAACAACAGGUGACAGUUUUCCAAACUUCAGCUGUCAGUUUGGGUGAGUCUGUGCCCACUGUAGCCUCAGAUUCCUGUUCAUGGCUGACCAGAGUGGAACCCGAUGUGAUCUUCUGCUGUUGUAGAUCAUCCACCUCAAGGUUGUGGCAUGUUGAGAUGCUUUUCUGCUCACCAUGUUUGUACAGAGUGGUUAUUUGAGUUAUUGUAGCCUUCUGUCAGCUCGAACCAGUCUGGCUGUUCUCCUCUGACCUCUCUCAUCAACAAGGCGUUUCUAUCUACAGAACUUUCCCCUCACUGGGUGUUUUUUGUUUUUCGCACCAUUCUGUGUAACCUCUUCAGACUUUUGUGCUGAAAAUCCCAUGAGUUCAGCAAUUCCUGACGUACUGAAACCAGACACCAACUAUGCCACUGAGUCCCUGUGAUGAUUUUUUCCCCCAUUCUGAUAUUUGAUGUGAAUAUUAACUGAAGCUUUUGAUAUGUAUCUGCAUGAUUUUAUACAUUGUGCUGCUGCUACAUGAUUUGGCUGCGUGGAAUUGCAUGAGCGAGCAUGUGUACAGCUGUUCCUGUAAAACAGGAAACAUUAAAGUGCCUGGUGAGUGUAGAUGUGUAUAGAGUGAACGGAUGAACAUGUAUAAUAAACCACUGAUACACAC